AUGGCUUUAGCCGGGCUCUGCGCCCUGCUUGCCUGCUGCUGGGGGCCGGCGGCGGUGCUGGCCACGGCCGCCGGCGACGUGGACCCAUCCAAGGAGCUGGAGUGCAAGCUCAAGAGCAUCACGGUGUCGGCGCUGCCCUUCCUGCGCGAGAACGACCUGAGCAUCAUGCACAGCCCCUCGGCCUCCGAGCCCAAGCUCCUCUUCUCGGUGCGCAACGACUUCCCGGGAGAAAUGGUCGUGGUGGACGACCUGGAAAACACGGAGCUGCCCUACUUCGUGCUGGAGAUCUCAGGGAACACAGAGGACAUCCCUCUGGUGCGCUGGAGGCAGCAAUGGCUGGAGAACGGCACUUUGCUUUUUCAUAUUCAUCACCAAGAUGGUGCCCCCAGUCUCCCUGGACAAGACCCAACGGAAGAACCCCAGCAUGAGUCAGCAGAAGAGGAACUGAGGAUCCUGCAUAUCUCAGUCAUGGGUGGCAUGAUUGCUCUGCUGCUGUCCAUCUUGUGCCUGGUGAUGAUCCUAUACACUCGCCGGCGCUGGUGCAAGCGCCGCAGGGUGCCCCAGCCCCAGAAGAGUGCCAGUGCCGAGGCGGCCAACGAGAUUCACUACAUUCCCUCUGUGCUGAUCGGCGGGCACGGACGGGAGAGUCUGCGCAAUGCCCGCGUGCAGGGCCACAACUCCAGUGGCACCCUGAGCAUCCGGGAGACCCCCAUCCUGGACGGCUAUGAGUACGACAUCACGGACCUGCGCCACCACCUGCAGAGGGAGUGCAUGAACGGAGGGGAGGACUUCGCCAGCCAGGUCACCCGCACCCUGGACUCCCUGCAGGGCUGCAACGAGAAGGCGGGGAUGGACCUCACCCCAGGAAGCGACAAUGCCAAGCUAUCGCUGAUGAACAAGUACAAGGAUAACAUCAUUGCCACCAGCCCCGUGGACUCCAACCACCAGCAGGCCACUCUGCUCUCGCAUACCUCCAGCAGCCAGAGAAAGCGGAUCAACAACAAGGCAAGAGCUGGUUCCGCCUUCCUGAACCCUGAAGGAGAUUCUGGCCCCGAGACGGAAAACGACCCCCAGCUGACCUUCUACACCGACCCCUCACGGAGCCGGAGGCGCAGCAGAGUGGGCUCUCCCCGAAGUCCUGUGAAUAAGACCACCUUGACGCUGAUCAGCAUCACCAGCUGUGUGAUUGGCCUCGUGUGCUCCUCCCAUGUCAGCUGCCCCCUCGUUGUCAAAAUCACCCUGCACGUCCCCGAACACCUGAUCGCCGAUGGGAGCCGCUUCAUCCUGCUGGAGGGGAGCCAGCUGGAUGCCAGUGACUGGUUGAACCCAGCUCAAGUGGUGCUCUUCUCUCAACAGAACUCCAGUGGGCCCUGGGCCAUGGACCUCUGUGCCCGGCGGCUCCUGGACCCCUGUGAACACCAAUGUGACCCCGAAACUGGGGAAUGUCUCUGCUACGAAGGUUACAUGAAGGAUCCAGUACACAAGCACCUUUGCAUUCGGAAUGAAUGGGGCACAAACCAGGGGCCUUGGCCUUACACAAUAUUUCAGCGGGGCUUUGACCUGGUUUUGGGAGAACAGCCUUCUGAUAAAAUAUUCAGAUUCACCUACACCCUUGGGGAGGGCAUGUGGCUGCCCCUCAGCAAGAGCUUUGUGAUUCCACCGGCUGAACUGGCCAUUAACCCUUCCGCGAAGUGUAAGACGGACAUGACAGUGAUGGAGGAUGCUGUGGAGGUCAGGGCCCCCCCGAUGACCUCGUCCUCCUUUGACAGCCUGGAGGUUCUGCUGGAUUCCUUUGGGCCAGUGCGCGACUGCAGCAAGGAUAACGGGGGCUGCAGUAAGAACUUCCGCUGCAUCUCAGACCGCAAGCUGGACUCCACUGGUUGCGUGUGCCCGUCCGGACUGAGCCCCAUGAAGGACAGCUCUGGCUGCUAUGACCGCCACAUUGGGGUGGACUGUUCAGAUGGCUUCAACGGCGGCUGCGAGCAGCUGUGUCUCCAGCAGAUGGCGCCCUUCCCGGACGACCCCGCCUUGUACAACAUCCUCAUGUUUUGCGGGUGCAUCGAGGAUUACAAGCUCGGUUUGGAUGGUCGCUCUUGCCAACUCAUCAUGGAGACCUGCCCGGAGGGAGGAGACUGUGGGGAAAGCAGGGAGGUUCCCAUGAACCAGACCCUCUUUGGGGAGAUGUUCUUUGGUUACAACAACCAUUCCAAGGAAGUGGCUGCAGGACAAGUGCUGAAAGGAACAUUCAGGCAAAACAACUUUGCUCGAGGUUUAGACCAGCAACUGCCAGAUGGUCUUGUGGUGGCCACUGUCCCCCUGGAGAAUCAGUGCCUGGAGGAAAUCUCGGAGCCCACCCCCGACCCCGAGUUCCUGACUGGGAUGGUGAACUUCAGUGAGGUGUCUGGAUACCCCGUGUUGCAGCACUGGAAGGUCCGGUCUGUGAUGUACCACAUCAAACUCAACCAAGUGGCGGUCUCUCAGGCCCUCAGCAAUGCGCUCCACUCCCUGGAUGGGUCUACAUCGCGUGGGGAUUUUGUGGCCUUGUUGGACCAGUUUGGCAACCAUUACAUCCAGGAAGCUAUCUAUGGCUUUGAGGAGUCCUGUUCCAUCUGGUACCCAAACAAGCAGGUGCAGCGGCGACUCUGGCUGGAGUAUGAGGACAUCAGCAAAGGCAACUCCCCAUCCGACGAGUCAGAGGAGCGGGAAAGAGACCCGAAGGUGCUGACCUUCCCAGAAUACGUCGCCAGCCUGUCAGAGUCUGGCACCAAGCGCAUGGCGGCUGGAGUCCGCAUGGAAUGCCAGAGCAAAGGACGAUGCCCCUCAUCCUGCCCCCUGUGUCAUGUGACAUCCAGCCCUGACACUCCUGCUGAGCCAGUUCUGCUGGAGGUGACCAGAGCAGCCCCCAUCUAUGAACUGGUGACCAACAACCAGACCCAGAGGCUCUUGCAGGAGGCCACCAUGAGCUCACUCUGGUGCUCAGGGACUGGAGAUGUCAUCGAGGACUGGUGUCGAUGCGACUCCACAGCUUUUGGAGCGGAUGGACUCCCCACCUGUGCACCUCUCCCACAGCCUGUGCUGAGACUCUCCACAGUUCAUGAGCCCAGCAGCACCCUCGUGGUCCUAGAGUGGGAACACUCAGAGCCUCCAAUCGGGGUGCAGAUUGUAGAUUACCUCAUCCGUCAGGAAAAGGUCACUGACAGGAUGGACCACUCCAAAGUGGAGACAGAAACAGUACUGAGCUUUGUGGACGACAUCAUCUCUGGAGCAAAGUCUCCUUGUGCCAUGCCUGCUCAGGUGCCAGACAAGCAGCUCACCACUAUCUCUCUGAUCAUUCGAUGCCUGGAACCGGACACCAUCUACAUGUUCACCCUGUGGGGAGUGGACAACACCGGACGGCGCUCCAGGCCCAGCGACGUGAUCGUGAAGACCCCCUGCCCCGUGGUGGACGAUGUCAAGGCCCAGGAAAUAGCAGACAAGAUCUACAAUCUCUUCAAUGGCUAUACCAGUGGGAAGGAGCAACAGACAGCCUAUAACACCCUCCUGGAUCUGGGUUCCCCUACCCUACAUCGAGUCCUCUACCACUAUAACCAGCACUAUGAGAGUUUUGGAGAAUUCACCUGGCGGUGUGAGGAUGAAUUAGGCCCCAGGAAAGCUGGCCUCAUCCUUUCCCAGCUGGGGGAGCUCAGCAGUUGGUGCAAUGGCCUCCUUCAGGAACCCAAGAUAAGCUUGCGACGAGGCUCCCUUAAGUACCUGGGCUGCCGCUACAGUGAGAUCAAGCCCUAUGGACUCGACUGGUCAGAGCUCAGCCGGGACCUCAGGAAGACAUGUGAAGAGCAGACCCUGAGCGUCCCUUACAACGACUAUGGGGACAGCAAAGACAUCUAG